AUGAGGGAGAGAAGGCUUGUGGUUAGGCUUCAGAAUGUGGGGCCUCUACCCCUUGAUCCCCGGGCCGUUGACUGUCCCGAUCAUCCAUAUGGCCUCCACACCACCAGCCUCCUCCUCCACCGCCUCCUCCUCCACCGCCUUCUCCACCGACGCCUUCUCCACCACCCGCCCGUCUCCACCACCGCCUUCUCCACCACCGCCUUCUCUCCACCACCGCCUUCUCCACCACCGCCUUCUCCACCACCGCGUGAUUCCAUCCUAGCCCAUCCUCUGGUGGUGUCGGGAAGGAUCCCCCCUGACCUGGCUGACCUGCUAAUGGAGGUGAAAUUCCAUAGAAGCCAAGGCAGGUUAAGGAGGAACAUUUCAAAGGCGCGCAUCUUGACAGCGGAGGACAUGGCUACCACCAUCGAGGAGGCAGAAGACAGAGCUGCGAGGAGGGAGGCUCAAGCUCUGGCCAGAAGAGACAGAGAGCAGCAGCGGGCCUGA